CGUCGAAGCUCAAAAUAUCAUAAAACUCGUCUGGAUAAGAGUGUCCGUCCCGCGCGCGCGAACCAAGCCCACGAGUCCCUGGAGCUGGAGCUCAUGGCUUCUUCCUCUUCUUCCGUCUUCUCCCCGCUCUUGCCUCCUCUGCGGCUGCCAGCCUCCUGCGGCGCGCGCUCUUCUGCUCCUCCCCAGGCUGGGCCUGGGUCCGCAGAUAACGCCAACGCCGUCGCUGCUUCUGCUGCCUCACGGCCGGCGGCGCCUCUCGCGGUUGCUAGUCACAGGAGGGAGGUGUUGCUGGGAACGGCGGCCCUGGGCGCGUUGUUCCUGAGGACGCCGCUGCCGGCCGAGGCGCGUGAGGUCGUGGUCGGCAAGUUCCUGCCGCCGGUGCCGUCCAGCCCGGGCUUCGUCUUCUUCAAGGCGUCCACCAAGGACACCCCUGCUCUCCGGGCCGGCAAUGUGCAACCUUACGAGUUCAUCCUGCCCCCGACCUGGAAGCAGACGCGAGUGGCCAACAUACUGUCCGGCAACUACUGCCAGCCCAAGUGCGCGGAGCCAUGGGUGGAGGUGAAAUUCGAGGACGACAGGCAGGGCAAAGUGCAGGUCGUGGCCUCGCCGCUGAUCCGCCUCACCAACAGGCCCAACGCCACCAUCGAGGACAUCGGCAGCCCCGAGAAGCUGAUGGCUUCUCUGGGGCCCUUCGUCACCGGGAACACCUUGGAACCCGAAGAGAUCCUUGAGACCACUGUCGAAAAGAUCGGGGAUCAGACUUACUACAGCUAUGUGCUGGAGACACCACUCGCACUGACCGGUUCUCACAAUCUGGCCAAGGCCACGGCGAAGGGGAACACGGUGGUGCUCUUCGUCGCCAGCGCCAGCGACAAACAGUGGCAAUCUUCACAGAAGAUUCUGAAGGCUAUGGUUGACUCGUUUCAAGUGUGAUUGCAGCAAACGCGGCCUACACAGGCUUGACUUGCCUGUCUGAACUGUAAGGUAGUUCGAUAAGAGAAGCUAUAGUGCUUGUUUUUUGAGGCCCGGAACACCUGUAAAGAGCUGCUUGAUCAACUAGUAUGGCUAUGUAGCUCAUUUUA